AAUUAGUUAAGCUAAAAGGUAGAUUUUUCAUUACGAGCAAAGGAAAGGCUUUCAUUUUGGAUACGUGGCUAAAGCGGUGCUUCAUUUAUUAAUUAGGUGCUCGGGUCAGACUUUGUACUUUCAGCUACUGCUAGGUCUUGGCUGCUUCCUAACAUAAACCCACAGAUUUCCUAAACAAAGAAAAGGGUUUAAUUUUCUGGGUUUUUCUUCUGUUUGGGUUCCUGGAAAAGUGUUAGUGAGAGAUAGAGAGACAAGGUGAGGAUGUUGUUUUGCCGGGGAUUUUCUAGGAUUCGUACAACUCCCGGAAAGAGCUUGUUUGGUUUCGUUCUCUCUCGUCGAACUGACCCUUCUCUAUUCCUUCUCUCUAAUCAAUAUGUUUACUCUACUAUAAAGGUUCGUAGUGGCAGAGAAACUCUUUCUUGGAGUUUUCCUUCAUUGCUUGGUCUUGGACGGCAAAUUCAUCAGAGUAGCUCUCUAAUAGAGGAACAACUUGAUCCAUUUUCACUUGUUUCUGAUGAACUGUCACUUGUCGCUAACAGGUUGCGGGCUAUGGUUAUUGCUGAGGUUCCUAAGCUUGCUUCAGCUGCUGAGUACUUCUUCAAAUUGGGGGUGGAAGGAAAGAGAUUUCGUCCCACGGUUUUGCUUUUGAUGGCUACAGCUUUGAAUGUUCAUAUACCUGAAUCAGUUGGUGGUGGUGUAGGAGAUAUUGUGACAACUGAAUUACGUACAAGACAGCAGUCUAUAGCUGAGAUAACAGAGAUGAUCCAUGUUGCUAGCCUCCUCCAUGAUGAUGUUUUGGAUGAUGCGGAUAAAAGACGUGGUAUUGGUUCAUUGAAUGCUGUAAUGGGCAAUAAGUUGGCUGUACUAGCGGGAGAUUUUCUGCUUUCUCGAGCUUGUGUGGCCCUUGCUGCUUUAAAAAAUACGGAGGUUGUAUCAUUAGUAGCAACAGUUGUGGAGAAUCUGGUUAUGGGUGAAACCAUGCAAAUGACAACUUCAUCUGAACAACGUUGUAGCAUGGACUAUUACAUGCAAAAGACAUACUACAAGACUGCUUCCUUGAUUUCAAACAGUUGCAAGGCAAUUGCGCUUCUUGCUGGGCAAACAGCUGAAGUUGCAAUGUUGGCUUUCGAGUAUGGCAAAAAUCUGGGAUUGGCAUUUCAAUUGAUAGACGAUGUUCUUGAUUUCACCGGCACAUCAGCUUCCCUUGGAAAGGGUUCUCUAUCUGACAUCCAGCAGGGAAUUGUAACAGCUCCAAUCUUGUUUGCCAUGGAAGAGUUUCCACAAUUACAUGCUAUUGUUUAUCAAGGUUUUGACAACCCCGAAAACAUUGAGAUUGCCCUUGAAUACCUUGGGAAGAGUCAUGGUAUAGAGAGGACAAAAGAGCUAGCCAUGAAGCAUGCUAAUCUUGCUGCUGCAGCAAUUGAUUCUCUACCGGAGAGUAAUGAUGAGAACGUAAUAAGGUCAAGGCGGGCACUAGUUGAUCUCACUCAAAGAGUAAUCACAAGAAACAAGUGACAUAAGAGAGAGAAAAGGCUGUGGACUUGUACCAAUCCAUUAUGCAUUGUGCCAGAGGUUUUGCUUAUUGUUGUAAUCCUUGUUCCUUCAAGGUAAGGGGAAAUCCCCUGCUUGGAGGAGUCUACGGUUCAGUUGUUACAGAAUUUUUCAUAAUAAUAAAUUUUGUUGUUGUAAA